UUUGAGUGUGAGUCUGGCACUUAUACUAUUAUGAGACUUGCUUUCAAAACUCUUCUUCUAGUGCCUCCUAAACCCAAACCCAAUUCCUUCGCACAUACACCACGAACCCUUCUUCUUCAACCUCCCGCCAAAACCCUUGUUCUCCUACGAGCAGCCCCUACGCCGUCGUUUCGGUGCUCCGCUUGCGCACCAAUGUCUACCCACCUGCACGUUCGCGACGGUAUCGAACCCUCCCUCAAGGAGGAGGAAAUCUUCGAUCGCCUCCGCAAAACCCUCAGCCACUUCCACCUCGACACUCAGCUCCGAGUCGCCGGCGGCUGGGUUCGCGACAAGCUUCUGGGGAAAGAAUGCAAGGACAUUGAUAUCGCUAUUGACAAUAUGAUGGGUACUGAGUUCGCGGAUAAGGUUAGGGAGUACUCCUUGUCCUUCGGCAAAGAAGAAGAUGUAAAGGGAGUCCAUGUUAUUGAGAGCAACCCUGACCAGUCCAAACAUUUGGAAACAGCAAGGAUGUCUCUGUUUGGUCAAGAGAUUGAUUUCGUUAACCUAAGGAGUGAAGAAUACACUGAGAAUAGCCGCAUUCCUUCUAAGCAAUCAUUUGGCACACCGGAAGAGGAUGCAUAUAGGAGGGAUUUGACAAUUAACAGCUUAUUCUACAAUAUCAACACUAAAUUAGUUGAAGAUUUCACUAAGAGAGGGAUUUCAGACCUUAAGUCUGGAAAGAUAGUUACUCCUUUACCUCCAAAGUCCACAUUUCUUGAUGACCCGUUACGAGUUCUUCGAGCCAUUCGGUUUUGUGCUAGAUUUGACUUUACUCUUGAUGAAGAUCUGAAAGUAGCUGCUGCAUGUGAUGAUGUGAAAGAUGCUCUAGCUGCUAAAAUUAGCAGAGAGCGCAUUGGAACAGAGAUUGAUCUUAUGAUAUCUGGAAAUCAACCUGUUAAAGCAAUGACUUAUAUUUCUGAGCUGACAAUAUUUUGGAUAGUAUUCAGUCUUCCUCCUGAGUCUGUACCUGCCAUUCCAGAUGGAUGUGAAAGUCUUUGCAUUUCUUACUUGGAUACUGCAUGGAACCUUAUCCGUUUACUUGGAGAGUCAUUCUUUACAGUAAAAAAAGAGGCUGAACAGAAACGAUUAGCACUAUAUGCUGCUUUGUUUCUCCCACUUAGAAAUACGACUUACAGAGAAAAGAAAAAUAAGAAGAUUCCAGUUGUCAAUCACAUUAUCCGCGAGUCUCUCAAACGAAAAGCUAAAGAUGCAGAAACGGUUCUUGAUUUAUACCGAGCAUCAUAUAAACUCUCGUUGCUGAUUCCUUAUCUAGUAUCUGGUGAAGAUAUCCAAGUUAUUGAUCAUGAUUGGAUGCGACACGUGACCGAUGUCCCUGUCUCUUCUAGAGUCCGGGUACUAACAGGGUUUCUCUUAAGAGAGAUCAAACAUUAUUGGCGAGUUGCACUGUUAAUGUCGACAAUAGUACAUCCCAUUGACAUAAAUGACACUGAGGACGAGUACUCACAGUUGUGCAAACGAAGAGAUCUGUUUAGUACUGUGGAGAAUUCUAUAAUCAAACUAGGCCUUGAUGAAGUAUGGGAUGCAAAACAAUUGAUCAAUGGGAAAGAUGUUAUGAAUACUCUACAGGUUAAAGGAGGACCACUUGUUAAGGAGUGGCUGGAUAAAGCAAUGGCUUGGCAACUUGCCUAUCCAUCUGGAACUGCAGAGGAAUGCAUUGAAUGGUUGACAGAAGCCAAUUCUAAACGUGUAAAGUUGGAGUGAGGUUGAUUGUGUUGUUGAAUUGUCUAUUCCUUACCUUGUUAAGGAUUGAGAGAGCACCUAUGCCUUGGAUGGAGGAGACUUAGCCUGUUGGCUGUGAUUAUAUUGGGAAUACAUCACACACCGUUGGCUUAUCAUUACAUCACUAACAACACUAUGAAGGCUAGGGCAGUUCCUUCUCACGUUUGGGAUGUAAAUUUGCAUCUGGGGAAGUAUUAUUUAUUUUAUUUAUUCUUCUUAAUAAAAGGAUGUGAAUAUAUAUCAUGGCCUAUUUUAAUAUAAUUAAGUAAUUAUAUUCCUUCCUGUCAAAAAACAAAAGUAAUUAUAUUCUUAUACUGUCAAGUACUACCUUUUUUAAAAGAUAAGAUUAAAUACAACAUUACUCUUUUUCUGGGUCGUUAAGCA